UAAACCGGACCUGUGAGGAGGUUUCUGCUGAAGGACACUGUUUGACAUCAAAAACAAUUCAACCCACUGUGUUUCGGAUUACCAGCUCCUCAAGUUCUUGGCAAUGCCUCCGUGAGCCCCGGUGGGAGACGGACAUCGCAUCCCUGAGUCGUGGUGCUCCCCAUGCUGUUCAGGCUGAAUUGAAGAUCCCUCUCAUUUGCCGGGUGCCAAGAACUAUGAACAGGCAGGGCAAUAGAAGGACAACAAAAGAAGGACCCGGUGAUUUGAAAUUCCAGAGCUUCACUCUGCCCCCAAAUAGGUCAUGGCCUCACCUCAACAGUGCCACAGGCCAGUACCAGACAAUUAAUGAACCGCUUCCCGACUGCAAAAGGAAUUUUGCUGCAGUGCAGGAUGGAGCAAAAGGCCAAAGUGAUGAUGACUAUGAAGACCCUGAGCUUCAAAUGGUAGAGGCAUGGCAAUCAAUAAAAAUUUUACCAGCAAGGCCUAUAAAGGAGUCUGAAUAUGCAGAUACGCGCUAUUUCAAAAGUGCAGUGGACACUCCCUUCUCCUUAGACACCAAGACACUUGUGCCCAUUGAGGGACAAUCCUGGAACACAUGGAUGAGCUUAGAACAAGUGAGCAAACCCACCUCCAAGGAACUCAGAAGCCAACACACUAAAGGAGACAAAGCCAUAAAGGGAAACAAGACUCCUUUACCACCUCCUCGGCCUCCCAUCACUCUGCCAAAGAAGUACCAGCCCUUGCCCCCGGAGCCGGAGAACAGCAGGUCAUCUUUCCCUCAGAGACACACCUUUCCUGAAGUCCACAGAGUGCCCAGACAGAUAAGCUUAAAUGAUUUAAGUGAGGUCCUAGGAGCAAAAAAAGUUCCUCAUCACCAGAUGAAGCCUGAAUCAUCUCAACUGUCACAAAACCAAAAUACUCAAGAGAUUCCACUUGCUGUUACCAGCUCUUCGUUCAUGAUGAUCAAUCACAGUGUGCAAAACAAAGAUCAUAAAGGAAGCUUGCAGUCCUAUUCUCAGAGAUGCCAGUCUCCCGCCAGCCAUGGCCCUCACAAAGAUAUGCCACCAUAUAAAAACACAAGCUGGAGAAAACCUUUCCCCUCAAAGCCUAAUGAAAAGGAUGUCCAGCACAAUGAAUGGUACAUUGGAGAAUACGGUCGCCAGGCAGUGGAAGAGGCGCUAACGAAGGAGGACAAGGAUGGUACUUUCUUGGUCCGAGAUUGUUCCAAAAAAUCCAAGGCAGAACCCUAUGUUUUGGUGGUAUUUUAUGGGAAGAAAGUGUACAAUGUGAAAAUCCGCUUCCUGGAGAGGUAUCAGCAGUUUGCCCUGGGGACAGGACUCAGAGGAGAUGAGAAGUUUGACUCAGUGAAAGACAUCAUCGAACACUACAAGUAUUUUCCUAUUAUACUAAUUGACGGGAAAGAUAAAACCGGAACCCACAGGGAACAAUGCUACCUAACUCAGCCACUCCCCAUCACCAGACUUUUCCCGCCUUGGUAGCCUGUCUUUGUUUUGUCUCAGUUCAGUGGAUUCAAUGCUUUUAUUAUUUUUUCAUUUAUUUCCAAAGAUUAUUUUGGGUGUCUUCAAAGGAUGACUAUUUGGACUUUGUAGAAGAGAAAAAAAUACAAUAAUAGAAACUGGAAAAUCAAUUUUAGAUUUGAAAGUUCAAACUACAGAGGAAACAUCUAUAAUAUGCAAAAAAUAAAUAAAAAACUAGUUUUUGAAAGUAUCUUCUAAACAACAAACUGUAAACAUGGUCAUUGAACCCAUGUUACAAACAAACAGCAAAGUUAUAAAACUACUGCUUAAAUGUUUGCAGCUAGCACAUGACAAACCCACAUGAAAUUCUACAUCUGUCUUUACAGAGCAGGGUGCUGCCUUUAUUUCAGGACUAUCGGGGCUAUGGAUUUACAACAUCUGGAUGGUUUCUAAUGCCAAAGAUGUUGGUGAAUAUUAACUUAUCUCAUUUAUUAUCCUGGAACUUUAAUCAUAGGGGAAAAAUGUGGAAAGGAAAACAACAGCACUUAUGACGAGCACCUUAGACACAGAAAUUGGAAAUACUUGCAUCAUGAUAUAAAAUGGCCAUAAGACCCAUCUCUAGCACACUCCACAGCAACUUUAAGCCAAAUGGAAUGAGCAGACUUACAGUAAGAAACUCAGAAGACUGUAUCCUAUUCCAGCCUUAAAUCAAGCAUACAGCUAACUGAAGUUUAAAAAAAAAAAUGAUAAUUUGAAUUAUGGACUUCCAUUCAAAGACAAUAAGAACUGUCCUCAAAGUACUGUGGAUUCUUUCAGUAACAUUGUAAAUAUUAUGAAAUUGUCCCCUCUCAAGGUUAAGAAGAUUUCACUUUAUUCCUGAUGAAAAAGCAGAGGCAGCUCAAAGAAAGAACUGAUCUCUCUGAAUAUAAGAAGAGCACCCGAACUGUAAUCCAUCUGGCCUGUCUCCAUGCAAGGACAUCUCCCCAGAUAUAUCAAGUACAUUUCCUAACCCGGGAAUUUCACAAUCAAAUCUAAAAGCUAAGUUUGAAAAAAUAAAUAAAUAAAUUAGAACAAUUUGAAGAUACAGAUUCACUCAUCUUAAAAUUAACAAGCUUUUGUGGUGGGAUAAGCUAAAAAAGAAAGAAAAAGAAGGUUUCAUUGAAAUGAAUGAUUGGUACACACUGGCUUCAAAUGUUACCAGUGCCUACAUGUGAAAUUCACGUGGUAUUUAUGUAACAUUAGUUUUAUUGCAGAAGUAAAACCGUAUAGAUUUAAAAGGUAAAAGAACCAAGUAAAAACAACACAAUGUCCAGGAUAUCUCUUCUCUGAAAUAACUGGCAAUCAGCUCCCUGGGAAGAACUCUCUGCACCUCCCACUAAGUAAACACCUGCUGGAGUGCUCUCCUUUCGAAAUGCCAAUAUAAAAGAAUACCUUUAAGCAAGAUCAGGGCAUUUGAUGAAGAAGCUCUUUCUGAAGUUGGAAUGCUCCAUACUCAACUGAGACUAUCUGAGAACACACCUUCACAGAAUUAACAUAUGAAUCAAGAGACAAGUGUUUCGAUUGGAGCUUGGCUACUAAGAAGCAGACUGAUCAGAGCUGAAGGGAAAUGAGGACUCUACGGAAGGCUGUAUAGUCUAUGAAAAGUCCAACUCUCACCCUAAAAAGCUAUUGAGACAGAGACCAGCAGUUAGCAUAAUGGCUAUGUUGCUGGACUCCCACGUAAUCGA